CUCUCCAAUUGUUCCCAGUCUCUCAGUGUCUCAGUCUCUCAGUCUCUCUCAGCCACUUCACUUCCAAUGCAGCGGUGGCAAACGCCUGGGUUGCACGGCUGCGGACUCCAGUUCUCGCCGUUUGUGAGCGAUCGCAUUGCAGUCGCUGCAUCACAGCACUAUGCCAUUGCCGGCCGGGGCGCACUGCUCGUCUACGGCCUCGGCAACGAAGCGAUGGUGGCUGGCAGUCGGAUUGGGCCGGGCGCGCCGCCUGCACCGGGAGCCUCGCGACUCUUGCGCAGACUAGACUACAAGGACAGCUUGUUUGAUGUCUGCUGGAGCGAACUGAGCGAGCACCAUGCGCUCACGAGCAGCGGCGACGGGUCGGUCCAGCUCUGGGACGUGAGCUUGCUUCAGGCAGCGCCGGUUCGGAUCUAUGCCGAGCAUACGAAAGAAGUCAUGGCCGUAAAUUGGAGCAUGACCGACAAGCGGAAUUUCGUGAGUGCCUCAUGGGAUGGCACUGUCAAGCUCUGGGACCCAACGUCAUCUCAAUCCCUGGCGACAUUCGCAGGACACCGUGGACUCGUGUACGACGCAAUGUUCCACCCGAGACGACUGGGAGUGCUUGCUUCAGUCUCGGCAGACGGCGGACUGAUGGUGUGGGACGUGCGGCGGCCCGCGACCGCCGUGCAGCGCGUCCAAGCCCACAACACCGAAGUUAUCUCGAUGGACUGGAACAAGUAUUCGGAUGUGCUGGCCGUUACCGGUUCUGUCGAUCGCACCAUCAAAGGUUGGGACUUGCGGCGAGCGGCCCAGCCGUUGUUUGUGCUUGAGGGCCACGACUAUAGCAUCCGACGGGUCCGAUGCAGUCCACACCAUAGCAACGUUAUCAUGUCAUGUUCGUACGACAUGACGGUGCGCGUUUGGGACACUGGGUCGUCGGCGGCUGCGUCGGUGCCCGGCCUGCCUCCACGGCCGCGUCCAAACAUGACGAUUGUUGACGAGCAUCCUGAGUUUGUCGUGGGAAUUGACUUUAAUCUCGCCGAGGAUGGCGUUGUUGCCAACUGUGCAUGGGACGAGACCGUCUCCGUUUUCAACCUGGCACAACCCCCAGGGCCUGCGAUGAUGCCGCGAUGAAACGAAUCGUCUUAGGUGUUGUAGGUGUUGAAAACCAAAAUGUUGUCAUGCUCUUGCGUUGUAGAUCAAAAAGUUU